AUGGUCGCCGAGAAGCGCCGCUGCAGAGACGUGGCCGGUUCAAGUCCGCUGUAUGUACGUGGCUACCUCGGCGAGGUCGUCGCGGCGCUGCGGCGGACGCGGACGGGUGUCAACCCGACGGUCGUGACCGCGCUCAAUGCACUCGGUUUUCAGUGGACUUUGGUUUGCUAUGACACAGUCGACGUGGCCAUGCAACUCGUCGUCGCAUCGUUCCCGACGCACCCGCCGACGUCUUGUGUCGUGCCGGCGCAAGCGCGAUGGCCGCGCGACCUCUGGGGCACCGACGUGCUGCGACUGAGCGCGCGCCGUGACGCGCGGCUCGUCACGAUGGCGUCUGCGUACGACGCGUCGCUGCUCUCGGAGUCGACACGUGCCGUGUCAACGGAAAAACGCGUCGACCAAGCGCAGCUCGUGCUAGCGUCGAUCACGAUCUACGUCGCACUGCACGGUCCGACGUCGGUGCCGCUGCUUUUCCACGUUCCGUCGUGCGACGACAUGUGGCCUAUGGACGCAGCGUUGAAGCCACUGGGCUUUCUCGUGUGGGCCAUGCGCGACUGA